AUAAGCAAAACGCAACACUGACUCUUCGUGUGGUCCUUCAGUCAACAAAAUGGAUUUGAAAUUGAACGACGAUGAUACAUCCUUGCGGUGGGCAAAAUAUCAAGAAAUCAAAAAUGCAUCGUUCAUUCACGACAACAUACUACUGUUCGGUGGUGAUAAUUCACUUACAUUCGUAAACUUGAGUGAUGGUAGCAGCAAUUCACAGUCUGUUACCGGUAAUAUUGGAAAUGGUGUAACGUGUUUCGUAGGCCACAAACUCUAUGGCAUAUUUGCAUUUUCCGGCGCAUGCAUUAGUCCCAAGAUUGUGCUGUGCUCAUAUCCGGACUUUAAGCAAAUCAGUUGCUUCCAAAGAUCUGAUAGUGCACCUUACUUAACAAUGAAAUUCUCGGAAACGGAGCAUCUGAUUGCUGUGGCUGGUCUUCCCAAAUAUGAACUGGAAAUUUGGAACUGGAGAACAUCAAAAUUGUUAGCUGUAGAACAAAUGGACAUUCAGAUGGAUCAUCAGGUUUUAAGAGUCAGUCAUUCAUUACCUCUGACCAUCACCCAAUACAAUCCUGACGAUGGAAAUAUGAAUUUCUGGGAAGUGCACACUUCGGUGGACACGGCAAAGUUAAUUAAACGCAAAAUAAAAUGUCCAUUCAAAGAUGCAUCGGGACCAUUCCAAAUGUGUUAUGGCAUCGACGGGUGCAUAUUUUUCAUGAACAACAAAAGUGUAGUGUACCAGAUCUAUCCAACGUCUAAUAAAUGCAAUCAAAUUAUUGUUGCAUCAAGUGAGGUUGAAGAUAUCAGCACUCAUAUUAAUUGGUACAAGGGAGGACUGGUGAUUGCAUGUGAUGGAUAUCUGAGAUACUUCAAAAAAAUCGUAAAAGACUGGGUAGAACAAUGGAAUAUAUCGUCGAGCAGUGCAAUAACUUCCACAUUCUGUUACAACAUGGAGUUACUAUUGGUGGCCUGCAUCGAUCGAAAUUUGAUGAAAUUAAUUGAUGAUUCCGAUGCUAGUCCGCCAAAGUUGGAAAUGGUCACCCAAUUUGACACGGCGAUAAAAUAUUUAGCGAUAAUAAAUCCAGCCGGAAAGUUUGUGGCAACAGUGAACUCGUCGAACGACUUUUGCGUUGUUGAAGUAGCAACCGAUAAAAAGGUAUCAAAAAUCGUGUUAGACAAUAUAUCUGCCAUGGUAGCACACCCUAAAUUACCAAUUGUGGCUUAUGGUAACGCGCUUGGCUAUUUAUAUUCGCUAUCGCUAAGUGAACCAGUACAACCUAAAUAUUUGUCCAAAUUUUACCUAACCACCCGCUGCAUCAAAAGUCUAAAUUAUUCGUCGAAUGGCCGUACAAUCGUUGCUUACACUAGCGAUAAUAAUAUUUUCGUAGCUCAGUAUCUCGCCGGUGGAAAAAUGUAUGUAACAAACCAGAUACCACUAGCGACGAAGCUUUUACAUCUAACAGUCAACGACAACUCUAUAGAAACUCACAUUACUGCCCUAUGUGUGACAACAAAUGACGCGACCAAAAUGAUUUCGUCUGACCAGUUACUGCACAUUACAGUCGUUGGCGGUAAUUGUACGACCAAUGAAAUCAAUUUGUCCAACGAUUACACAUCAAUCGAAUACCUAAACGACGGACUGGACAAAUUUCUUGCCGUACCGUUUAAGAAGACUGAAUUCGAAAUUAUUACGCUAACGCGAAGCAAGCGAUUUGAAAUUGCGACCACCAUUCGAACGCCACAUUUGCUGAAAUAUUUUCAAGUUCAAAUUUAUUCGAAGUUUUUCGUUACUUUUGGUAUUGACGGUUUGGUGAAUGUGUGGGACUCAAAUACAUUCCAAGUGAUCACCUCAUUUUUUCCGCACAACAAAAGGUUCGGCGGUGUAAUGAGAUGUGUUGUUGAUGCGAAUUUGAGGUUUUUCAUUACGUUGGGUAGCAGCAAUAACUUGAUGUGUACAGACCUAUCAAAUAAGUUUCAUAAAUCAACAAAAGAAGCACUGCAAACGGAUACAAAUCUCGCCGAUUUCAAGAAGACAAUGGAUGUUGAUUUGUCUCCGAAAGGUGAAGAGAAAACAUGGCUACAACAAAAAUUGGAAUCAGAAAUGGAACAGGAACGGAAAAAUUUCCAGACCGAUCGGCAAUUACUUCUGGAAGAUUUGGAAAAGAUCAAAGAAAAAUUGCGAAAGCUCAUCGACGAAAAUGAGACCGUACCCAGCAACACCAAAUUGGAUAUCAAUGAGUUCAAUUUGAAUGCCGAGGCGACGGAUACGUUUUUAGAGGAAGCACAACAGGAUCGGCUCGAAAAAGAAGCUUAUCUGACGCAAUUUUGCGUAUCGCAAAGUAAAAUAACGGAACUUAUUCUAGCGAGCACGUGGGAUCCGAUUGAUGUUAAGGGGACCACGUUGCGGGGAGUCUUCACGAAAUUGAAAGUCGAAAACUAUGCAUUGCUGAAGGCCAGUGAAAACAUUGAGAACGACUUAGCGCGAACUAUUUUAUAUCGCAAAGCCGAAAAUUUAGUCAGCCAGGACGAUAUUUUUGAGCCGUGGAUACCAAAGACAACCAGUCAACUGGAAAUUGGUCUAUCUAAAUUGCCUGGUUAUAAACGGGACAAAAUUGGCGAAAUUAACUACAACGAUAAUGAUCAGGUGGAACAGCAACCGAAUUCCAAUUACAUUUUACCGUUAAGCGGCACCUCAAGCCACAUCUAUAUUCGUCCAUUUCCAUACCGGUACAAUCAAAUGGAAGUCGUCACGUACCAGCAAAUGUAUGCCGAAACUGUUAUGGGUUUCCACGACAUUCUGGCCCUCCGCAAGUACUUUAACAAAAUUUUCGAUAAGAUGAAAAAAACGAAAGAUUAUGAGAUCAACUUGGUGAGAGAACGGAACCAACGAUUGCGGCACAUUCAGCACGAGAAAAAUACUCUUGAAAAAUUGAGAAAGUCAUCUGUCGAACAUUACAGAGAAAUUGUCGAUCCGGAGUACAUGCACGACGAAAAUCCCAAUUCGAUUAUUAAGGUCGACGAGUCAGAAAUAGGUGUACGACCUUACAUCACUGAAGCGGAGCAGAAAUUGUUAGAUGAAAAGAAUGAAGAAGCAAUGCGCCGCUACCGUGAACUUAUGGCUGAUGAUUUUCCCGAUCGAGCGUUAAAUGUGAUGAUGAACGGUGUACUUGAACAGAGAUGGGAAGAUGAGAUUAAAAAAGAUCCACAGCAACCAGAAUGCCUUACUUCGGGCAAAGAUCCAAAGAACUACACUGCAGCUGACAUAGCAUCCAUUGCUCUUUAUGAAAAGCAGAUGAAGCAAAUCAACGACGAACGCGACAGGUAUUUUGUCAAGCUGACUGAAGAAGAGCAAAUGAUCGAAGAAUUGUUAGAGAAGCAGGUCAAGUCGUUCAAUACGAAAGUGGGCGAAACGUAUUUACAAAAGUUGCACAUCGAAUUUUGCGUCGCAUGUGAAGAGCUGAAAUUGUUGCGCUAUCAUUUGCUCAAUUUUAACCGACAGUUGCUGUCGAAGAAAGAGAAGGACCUUUACAAAGAGGUACAAGAGCUGAAGGAUGAAAUCGAAAAGUUCUCUGUGACCCAUAAUUUCCUUGAAUUUACUUUCCUGGGCUGCCGCACGAGAUACGAAGAGUUAAACGAAAGAAAUCGACUGUUGGAUAAGCAAUUCAAAAGCAGUUUCCUGUUGAGUGCACCAUCGCAGGCCGUUGUCGAUCAAGCAUAUCGAGUAUUCAGACGACGUCCAAAGUGGCAAAUGCGUGCAUGGCAAACCGCAGCCAUACUCCAAGACAUGGCAAAACGUGUAAAUAUUGGCGAUUGUAGCACCAAUGGACCACCACUACCGGAAGUUUGUUUCACUCAUCUGGAAUACCUGGAAAAGGUUGAUAAGUUUAGCAAUGCUCCGAAUCUUAUGGACCAGACAAAUUGGCCAAUUCUGUGCAAAAUGAGACGUGAGAAAAUUGAAGUUGAAUUCAAAGUUAGGAGCUGUGGAGCAUUACUGGCUGAGGCUGAAGCUUCUGCGAACGCAUUUUCGAAAGAAAUAAAUUUGAAAAGGCAAAAGUUAGCCCAAUUUGACAUGAAAUUGGGUGAGCUGCGUGAGGAACAGAAAUCCAAUUUAAUCAACCGGUCAAUUCAAAUAUGCCUGAAGGGAGGUGCCAUCGAAAUUCCAUUGACCGGUUCCAUUAAGGACUUCGACACGGCCGUAUUGCUUCAUGAGUCAGAUGUUUAUGAAAUCAAUGAAAUAAUCAGGAAAGCUGGCAAUAAGAAGCUUAGAGUCAUGGAAAGUGCUGCGGUGUUCCGUAGGAAAAUCAUUCAUAAGGAAUGGCAACACAAAACGCUGCGAAUUAAAAUGCGCAACAAGGAGGAUGCUAUAAAAUGCAUCGAAAAGUGUAAAAUCACAAAAGAGGUACAGAACUGGUUGCAAUAUAAGCAAUUCGGACGAGGUGAAAAUAUAUCAAACACAGAUUUGGAACGCGAACGAGAGUCUGUGUAUGCUCGUAUGGAGAUUAGCUGUCGCGACAUAAUGAAACAAAUUCAGUUUGUCGAUCGAAAGAUACUGGAGAAGAAGGUGGAGAGUUCAAAUCUGGACAGAAAAAUUCAAUUGGUAAAUUUGGAUGUUGCCGAACUGAACUUAAAAAGAAAUCUGGAGCACGAAGAAAUGUGUGAAAAGGAACGGAAAAUCAGGCUUGCGUUGUUGGUGGAAAGAUCGCGAUUAGUUAAACAAGUACAAAAGCAACAUGCCAAAAUUUUGGAGCUAACCACAAUGUUAGAGCUACAACGUUUGAAGACAUAUCCGACGCUAAAUCUACAAUCGACAAAUUAACGUUCCAUCCUCUUGGAAAAUGUUUGAAUUACGCAAAUGAUUCAUUGUUCAGAGGUCGUCACAAUAAAGAAAUAUUACCAUCAUA